AUGUCCUACACUAUCCGUCUCCGUAUCGAGAACAGCACCUCGGACGCCCUCACAGUUGUCGAAAAAACCUGCUGGUACUAUGCCAAUGGAUGCACCUGGACCGAGAACGACGGCCAGCAUGUGCUGUUCAUGGGAGGCAGCGGUACCUCUGGAAUGCUUCGCUUUAAAUCCUCCUCCGGCGAAAUAUUCACCACCGUCGUGGGCAUCCACAAUUACAAACCGUGGUGUGGUUUGCUGUGGGGCCUGGGGGAGCAGGAUACGGCACUGAAGCUGCAUCCGGAAUUCUACAGCGGGGGCAAGUAUUCGCACGCGGCGCCUGAAGGGUGUUACAGCCCCGCGACGCAUGCUACAAGGGCUUCGAUUACUUUCGAGAGGGAGGAUCAAAACGAGGUUUUUGCUGCUUUGAAAUACUAUCCAUCCUAG